GCGGCUGCGCGCGCAGACGGGCGUCCCUCACGCUGAUGAGAAGAUUGGAGGCAGGAGUGUGCGCACUCCCGAGGAUCUGGCAGAAAGCGGAGGAGAGGCGCGCGAUGUUGGAGGUGCAGGUGGAAAACUGUCUGGCACAUGCAGACCUGGCUCGUCUGGUGCUGAUACUCCGCUCCGAGGGUCUCAGCAGAACCACACUGGUCAGGAUGGAUCAGCUGGUUGCCGAGGAUUUGGGUCAGUGCCAUUUUGGCAGAGUUCUGCUUGUGUUAAAGUCUUUUGACAUUCUGUCAGGUAACACAGAUGAACUACUGGAGCUUCUUGACAGCGGACUGACCGGGAAGGUGGUGCAGUGGUUUCAAACAGUUCAAGAGCUGCUGACCUCUGACCUCCACAGAGGCUCUGCCUCUCUGAUGAACCUUGUAGAAGAGUUCUUUGACUUCUUUCUGCUCCUGGGUCAGGCAUCUCUUCCAGUGAGUCAGCUGUCUGUGAUUCUUCUUCAGCUGGCUCAUCUGGCUCUGGAGCCAGAAGUUCACUUCCCGUUGAGACUGGAGGCCAUCCGAACCUUCAACAACAUCCUGGAAUCUAUGAGCCGAGAACAAAGGAGGUUGAUUCAGCAUGAGCAAAACCAGAUCCAACUCCUGUUCCAGCUUGCAGCAGCAGUUCUGACAGCCGGAGACUAUGAACUACAGGUCAGCCUGUCAGAGGCUUUGUGCCGUCUGACUCCUCGCAGAGACAGAGAACAGAGAUCUAUUCAGUGGUUCUCCAGCUGUGAGGUCAGCAGAGCUUUCUGUGACAUCAGAGAUGCAGACUUUGAGGUGGACUGCCGACGCUUCCUGAACUUCGUCAAUGGUUGCCAUGGAGACCAGAGCAGGAUUUAUACCUUUGCUUGCCAGCAAGCUUUUCUUGGCUCUACUCAGCUUUUCUGUCCAAAAGAUGAAAAACUGGACAGUUUCUGGAUUGAUUUCAACAUGGGUUCAGGAUGUCUCAGCUUCUUCAUUGAUGAUCCCCAGGGAUUUCUGUGGGGGACGGUCCACCUGCCCCGGGAGGAGGUGAAUCAUUACAGCAUCAAAGUCCAACAGGAAGAGACGGUCCUCACAGUCGAGCUGAAUAGUCCCAUCAUACUUCACAACUGCAGAAGUCAUACGGUGGAACUGAGCUUCAGCUACAAGCAUCACAGGGACUUGGAGGAGGCUGUUGGGAAAGUUUUCCAGAAAGUACCAAGUUUGCCCAGGACAGUAGAAUGGGAGGCAGCCGAGGCUUUCCCCUCCACAGACAAACCCAGAGCUCGAUCGUACAACCGCAAGAGGCCGCCUAGAAAGAGUCAGCUCAAGAUUUUACCCAUGUCAUCUCCAUGCAGCAGUGAAGGCUCCCCUUCAUCUAAGAUAAUGGGCAAAAGUAGAGCAGAGAUCCUGUUUGAUCAGAUUAGAAGCUCAACCCCUACCUUUCAUGAUUCAGCUGGUUUCCAGUUAUCAUCUGAUGUCGCUGAUGACAGUCAGUCUGAGCAUCACCUGUCUGAUGGGCUGCAGCCGGCUUCACAGGAUUGUGAAAUGGCAGAUCUUCACGUCUCACAAGACUUCCAAAGAAGCAUCUCUCCCUCAAAAAAUGAGGGGCUCAGAAAAAGAGAAGCUCCAGAUUCAGGAUACCUUAGUGACCAGACGGAGGGCAAACCUGCACAUAAGAAGCAGAUGGAGUCUCCUCAGGAUGGGGACAAGUCACAGCACACAGAUGGAGAGGGAACUGACUGCUCCUUCACUAAGGGAGUAUGGUCGGUAGAAAACCACAUGCAGUCUGUGAAUAAAGAGGGAGCAGAGCUAGAGUCGCAUGUAUCAUCUGGGAUCAAGGCUGCAUUCAAAGACUUCAGGGAUCAGCUGGAGCACAGCUUCACGAGCUGCUGGCAGAAGGUUGAAGCAGAGGUUCUUCUGUCCCUGGAGGAAUGUCAGCAUCACGUGUCCUCGCUUCUUACAAGUGUCCAUCAGCACAGGAUGCUUUUUCUGCAGCAAUUUGAGAGCACCAUUUCUGAUGAACUGAAGCAUCUGGAAGAAAACACAACCACACUGAACUCCAUAAACUCUCAGAUCCUGAGUUUUUUCCAGACAGAGAAGCAACGCUUUGGAGGUUUCUGUGAGAACCUGCAGAAAAGGUUAAAGUCUCUGGAUGGUGGCCAGAAAAAUGGGCUACAAUCCUCUUGAAGAACAGAAUCACCUGUAUUACUUUUGAAUUUGUGUUUUGAGUUUGGCAUGAUUUUGUUUUGAUAAACACCACAAUGUGCAGAAAGUAAAUCCUAAUGCUGUCCCACCUAGUUACCAUGGUGAUGCUAUGCAGAGGGGAGGAAGGUCAGCUGACAAGGAGAAACAUUUCUUGGUUGCUCUUUCAGAAGAGGAAUGAAAGAAAAUGAAUUAAAGAUUCUGACAAAACUGAUUGAGAGAUUUAAGAUCAUGAUGAUUCAUGUUCCCUCUAAUCCCAUAAAACGUCUUCCUCUGUUUUGAAACCGACAAAAGAUUAUCUUCUUCGUUGACUGGUCUGUUAUUUCCACUGGUGCCCUGUUUUACUGCAUAACUGUGCAUUUUGCUGGGCAUGUCCAUAAAUGUAUUUAUUUAGACAUUUUUAAUCACAAAUGGGAGGACAUAGCUUCUUGAGAUGAAAUGGUAAAUAAGCAAAUGCAAGCAAACAUGGAAUCAACAAAGUAAAAACAAAACAAAACUAUUUUAAAGUCCAGUAGAUGACACAAAACACUCACACACCCACAACAUAUUUCAGUCUAAACCCUAAACAGUUCACAACAGAGGCAUACAAGACUAUCUCCUUGCAAGAAAACAGAAGACACACAAAUAACAAUAAAAAUAUAAAUAAUAGAGAUUCAAAGUUCGGGAAACCACAAACUAUAGCAUGUAUUCUGACGAUGAACCAAAAGAGCUUUCCUAGAUUCUGGUAAAGCAUAGGAAUUUGGCGAGAUUAGAUUAUUCCAAUCAUCUGGUGUCUUGAAAUAAAUUGCAUAUUUGUCCAAA